UUCUCCUCACACCGCACUUCUUAUCUCUUUCUCUGUUUGGAGCACUAUUUAGUCUUGGGUCAAACUGAAGCCAAAUGGGUCUUCUGGGUAGUCUUUUUGUGGCUUCUUUUGUUCUUUUUUCGAGCAUUGUUGAUGCUAGAAUCCAAGGAGUUUACACCGGUGGUGAAUGGCAAAGCGCUCAUGCCACUUUCUAUGGAGGCAGUGACGCCUCCGGAACAAUGGGUGGUGCUUGUGGGUACGGAAAUUUAUACAGCCAAGGCUACGGCGUGAACACAGCAGCUCUAAGCACGGCUCUGUUCAACAAUGGAUUAAGUUGCGGAGCAUGCUUCGAGCUAAAGUGUGCAAAUGAUCCACAAUGGUGCCAUUCUGGUAGCCCUUCAAUCUUGGUCACCGCCACCAAUUUUUGCCCCCCGAACUUUGCUCAGUCCAGCGACGACGGCGGCUGGUGCAAUCCCCCUCGCCCCCACUUCGACCUCGCCAUGCCUAUGUUCCUCAAAAUCGCAGAGUACCGUGCAGGAAUUGUCCCCGUCUCUUAUCGAAGGGUUCCUUGCCGUAAGCAAGGAGGGAUCAGAUUUACGAUCAACGGCUUCCGUUACUUCAACUUGGUUUUGAUCACCAAUGUCGCGGGUGCCGGGGAUAUAGUGAAGGCUAGCGUGAAGGGAUCGAACACUGGGUGGAUGAGUUUGAGCAGGAACUGGGGACAAAAUUGGCAAUCGAACACAGUUUUGGUCGGUCAGUCACUUUCGUUCAGGGUGACAGGCAGUGACCGUCGCACUUCCACGUCAUGGAACAUUGUCCCAGCAAAUUGGCAGUUCAGUCAAACUUUCACAGGAAAGAAUUUCAGGGUCUAAACUGACAAGAUCUUCCCACCACUUCACAUGUUUUCUUUUUCUUGGAAAGUGAGAGGGAAAAUGAGGGAAAGUGUGCAUGUGUGAGCUUUUUAAGGGUAGGUGGGGGUCAUUUUGCAUUUGGUUAAAUUUAAAAGGUAAAAGGAUAAGUGAAUGAAAUAUAAUAUAAAAAAGCUGAAGCGGCUUCAAAAUCAUAGCGCCCGCAGCGUUGCUUACAUGAUAGACUUCGGUUGUAUAAUACAUAAUUUACAUGAUAUAAAGUUUUUUAAUUUAAUCUUAUA